AUGAAUUCUCCCUCCUCCAAUUAUUCAAUUGCCGAUUUGCCAUUGGAAACUGAUGGGUGGAGGAGAAGCAGGCGAAAGUUGUCGGGAGAGAAGGGGCUUGGGAGUGCAGCGGCUGCCGCAACAGAAAUUACGCUUUUAGAUCCUUCUGUAACAGAUGCAAACAGCCGCGCCUUCUCGUCGAUUACAAAACCCCUGCAGAUUCCAAAUGGCUCCCCCGUAUCGGCUAUUGGAUCUGCACCGACAUCCGGACUGCUGCAAUCAGUUCCAGGGUUUGAUUUAAUGCUGGGAUAUAAUACCAAUAGUCCAAAUAGUAUAUACCCUUCUAUACCCAGUGAAAGCUCGGCAAUUCCUUCAACUCUGCAAGUCAGCCUUCAAGUGCCGUCUGUACCAGCAGCUCCUACGCUCCUCGGGAAACGGGCAAAGCAAAGGCGUGAUGGGGAUUGGAUGUGA